GAUUUGCCCUCGUUCAUUCGCUCUUGACACUUUGUUUCAUUUCACCGUCCGCCAACUUGCAAAGGGAGAAUGAAGAUCUUUAACUGGGUGCAAAAGAGGAAGAGGUUGAAUCCUAACGUCCUCCAAGAUCAUGAGCUAGGCCGAAGCGUGAAAAAUCCUGAAUCCAUCACUGCGGAUGCGCUAGCAUUACUUGAAGGGCUCACAUUCGCGGGCGUGCUGGAUGGUUGGAAAGACGGGAUAUUAACAAUUGGAACUUUUGGUUAUGACCCGCUGAAACCCUUGGACCAAGAAAAGGAUGAGCUCUUCUUGGAGAGUCAUCAUGAGAGUCAGGAAGAGGAAGAAUAUCAGCAUGAUCUCCAUCACUAUCCUGGUGACCGGGAGGAACCGAAUGUGGAGGACGAGGAACAGAACCCUCUGAUGUUGACAACAUUCUGCAACAACGACCUCGUCCUCGAUGAUGAGUUGCGACUACUGAAUCAAUACACAGAUGAGAUUGCUAAACCUCGCAGGUCAAUGGUGGUGGACAACGUUGAGCUGGCCAAGGGAGUGGUGUUUGAAGAAGAAAAGAAGAAGAAAGGGCAGAGAGUGACCCUGGCCGACCUCUUCUCAGCAGAUUCUGAUGUCAAAGGAAAACCAUAUCCAAGUGAAGUUGAUCAACCCACCAAGCCGUUGGCGAAAAAAGACCCUGCUUCAACCAAGAAAGAUGGCCAGUCUUUUGCCAAGAAGCUCAUUCAUCACAUGGUGUCUGAGGAUUCACGCCCCACUAGAAAACUACACCGGUUGAUGAGGAAGAUGUUGAAGAAGAAGAUCCAUCCCGAGCUGGGGAGCAAGAUAAAUGACAAAGACGAUCAAAUGAUGAAGCCUGGUUGUAUUCACCAACUCCUUGUCACCAACAACAAUCAGCAGAAGGACGAGUACCACUCUCUCCUUCAAUCUCCUCAAGGUCUGCCGGCUGUUUUUGCAGAUGCCAUGGUGUGAUUACAACUCGGACGUCUUCUCUGCCGACCAUUCUUGUUGCUGUUUGAUGCGCUUGGCUUUCCUUCUGAAUGGAAUUAUCUUGUGUUGCAGCCUCUGCUAGGGUUUUAUUUCAUGUGAAAAUUAUUGACUCGUCGAUGUGGCGCCUUGUGUCAGACCUAAACAGCGAUUGUGAUUGUGUUAUUUUGUUUAAUACCAACCAGCUGAUGAACGUGA